GUGCCAAAACUUCUCGAAAACGUCACUGUCACGGACGCACACAUGUGAGAGACUUCAUCGACUUGCGUGAAUAUGUAUAAGCCGUGCUAAGUGUACACUGAUGCCAGAGAGCCGGGUGCAGGAUGAAGGUGUGUAAUCGUGGAGUGCAGAUGCUCCUCACCACGGCGGGGGCUUUCGCGGCCUUCAGCCUGAUGACCAUCGCGGUGGGCACCGACUACUGGCUGUACUCGCGUGGGGUCUGCAGGACCAAAAGCGUCAAUGACAAUGACACCAACCGAAAGAACGAAGAGGUACUUACGCACUCGGGACUCUGGAGACAGUGCUGCAUGGAAGGCAUAUUUAAAGGGGUUUGUAAGAACAUUGAUCAUUUUCCAGAGGAUGCAGAUUAUGAACAAGAUGCUGCAGAAUAUCUACUGCGUGCUGUGCGCGCCUCUAGUCUUUUCCCUAUACUGAGUGUGGGACUGCUGUUCAUUGGUGGAGUGUGUGUAGCUGCCAGUGAGUUCUACAAGAGCCGACACAAUGUCAUCCUGAGCGCAGGCAUCUUUUUUGUCUCAGCUGGCCUCAGCAACAUCAUUGGCAUUAUCGUGUACAUCUCAUCCAACGCUGGCGACCCUAACCAGAGCGAGUCGAAGCGCAGUCACUGGUACGGCUGGAGCUUCUACUGCGGCGCUCUUUCCUUCGUCAUAGCGGAGACUGUGGGCGUCCUGACCGUGCACCUGUUCAUCGAUACGCACCGUGUGCUGAGAGCGCGUGCGCAUCGAACACUCCAAACCAGCACGCAUUCCCUACAGCAUCGGCGCUCGAGCAGCUACCGUUCCCGUUACCGCUGGAGGCAGGGUCAAAACCGCUCCUCAGACUCCCGAUCGAACGAACCCUCUCCGGCCCCGGCGGCCCGUCCCGGGAACGACCUCAGGCUUUACGCGCUGGGACGCGGACUUCCACCAACAGCUGCUCACGCGCUCGCGCACAACAGCCUCAGCGCCGGGCGUGGUUUUGCACAUUUUCAUAACUCUGUCAUCGCUAAUAACAACUUUGCAAAUCCUCAUGUCCUCACCAUGCAGAACUCGUUGAAAUCAGAAAGAGAGCUUGGGCACAUACAGAACUCGUUGAGCACCGAGAAUGGCUUUGCCUUUGCAAAUGUACAUGGACAGAAUUCAAUCAAACCCGAAAAUGGAGUCGUGCUGUCGCAGAACUACAAACAAAACUUAGUGAAUCUCAGUAAAAGCCCAGUGCAUGCGCAAAAUUCUGGGAAUGACAAUUCACCCUUGCAAAACGCUGUAAAGGAGCCUUCAUAUAUGUCUCAAAGUAGCACUGCAUCAAGAAGAACAACUCCGGUGUAAAAAAAAUAAAUAAAUAAAAAGAACCUAUGCUGCUAUAUUAUGCUAUAUGAAAGGCCAUGAAGUGUUAGCUAAUUCCUUUAUUGAAUAUGUGCAUAUUAUUUGCUUUUAGCUUUAUGUACUAAAUGAAGUGGAUUGACUCUGCAAAAAAACUAAUGGUGCUGUUUAUCGUGCCCAGAAUUUCUCAUUCCAGUGGUCCAGUGAGCAACAACAACAAAAAUCCAGAAAGUGUUAAAACAUUGUUUAGAACAUUCGGUUUUUAGUGGACCAUACUGGAUUGGGAAAGAUAAUAUACAGUUUUUAUACAAAUUAACAGCCAAUACAAUUGAUAGGACAGAUAGCCUGGAGCAACAGGGUUAAGUGGAUUGAUUUUAGACCCAAUGAGGGCAGAACAGGAUGGUGGCUUUAGUUUCUGGGUCAUGCAUGACUAUGACUGAACCUUGAACUUUUGCAUUUGCAUGUUGCAUGCAAUCAGAAAACGCUGUCUUGCUACCUCAAUUAUUUGGCGUGUUCAAGUUUGCUAACACCAUGUUUGUUGUCACAUCUUCAGAAUGGAGAACAGGAGAAUAUGAAAAAAGAUUUGUUCUAUUUUCAGAACAAAUGUACUAUUUUCUA